AUGACGGAACAACGUGUUAUAUUCAACUCUACAACUGUUGAUUGUGGUCUAUCUUUCGAAACCCACGUAGGAUUCGGUGAGAACACGAUCAUUUUAAACUUCUCCUGGUGCCCGAUGGACUGGUCAUGGUUGGUCAUUAUACAGCUAAUCUCGGCAAUCACAGGAAUUGUAGGAAACUUCCUGGUGAUCGUUGUUCUUUUUCAUCGCCGAAGUAAAAACAAAGCAACAGAUACCCUGAUCAGUGGAUUGGCUUUUGCAGACUUCCUUACUUUGGUUUUCCUCAUUCCCAUCCCCAUGACAGUGUACAUUCCUAAGACCUGGUUGGGUGAGGUCUACUGCAGACUUGUCUUCACGCAAAGCCUACUCUGGGCUUCCAUAACGGCCUCAGCAAACCGCCUGAUGUCUAUAUCUGUAGAACGAAAUCGCGUCCUGAAGAUGAUGCUGGUCGUCAUCCUCAUCUAUCUUGUCUGUUGGACUCCGAACCCCAUUGCAUAUUUGGGUUAUAAAAUCGGUUGGUUUCCUGAAUCUUACAUAAACAGCCAUCUCCAUUCAAUGCUAACAGUCCUGGGCUUCUACAACUCCUGCGCGAACCCGAUCAUCUACGCAGCGAGGUAUCCCGAAUUUCGAGAGGCUCUCAAGGACAUGCUCACUUGCAAUGCUACCAAAAGUUCUAAACUUAUAAAUAAAAGAGAUGUCGUCAAGUUAAGCACCAUCGGCGGCCAAAUAUUGCCAAACUUGAGGAUAUCAUCCAGCUUUGGAGAACUCUUAAAUUGA